AUUAUCGCCCUGUUUAGCGCCAAUGAAUCUAAAACCGCAUGCGCUCCCACACGUGUUUCUAAGCUGUCACAGGGGAGUCGUGAUGUCACUUCCUUUUGUUGGUUGCUAUGUCAGAAGCUUGGAGACGGGUCAAAAGAAAACGGGGUUUGGAAGACGGUCAGCCUGUACAUCUGUGAGGAGAAAAAGCUGUAUACACAUUUAUGAAAAUGGCAUGUAAAUGGGUAACCCAGGAAACAUUUGAUGCCAUUGUGCAAGAAAAUAUGACUGAGUUUGAGAUGGAUCCAGAAGAAGCCCUAAAUGAAGCUAUCCAACAAUUUGAGUCUCAAGGUGUUGACUUGACUAAUAUUGUAAAAGCAGUGAAGAAACCAUGUGAUGAAAAUGAAGUUGCUUCAAAUCACGAUAUUUUACAGACUCUGGAGUCCUUGAGAAAAUCUGUACAGUCGUCUUCUGUAAGUGAAAUUUCUGAGCUCCUUAUAAAAUUUGGAGAUCAGUGCAAGCAAGGAUUGGCACAUCGUUACUUGGCAGGACAGAAAUCGGCCUAUUCAGUUAUACUAGAGACCUGGAGACUUUCAGAAGAUGAUCGUGAGGCUUUGCUGAAUGCCUUGUAUGCUAUGUCUGCCCUUACUGAAGGGCAACCUGACUUACUAGAAGCCUCAGGGCAGCAACUGUUGCUUCAGACUUUUAAGAACCAUGCAGGUGAUGCAGAGGUUAUUUUACUAGGCACACGUCUCACCCGCCAUGUAUGCUUAAAACAUGAGCAGAAUCGGCAGGAUCUAGUGAAGGCAGGGAUCUUGCCCCUCCUGACUGGGGCCAUUAAAACUCAUGGAUCAGACGCAGAUGUGGUUCGUGAGGCGUGCUCUGCUUUGAGAAUUAUGACAUUUGAUGAUGACAUCAGGGUGCCCUUUGGCCAUGCCCAUGAUCAUGCAAAGAUGAUCGUUUUGGAAAAUGGCGGACUGAAGUGUUUAAUUGAGGCAGCAAAAGCAUUCACAGAUAAUCCAGGAGUCCUCAGUGAGCUCUGUGGCACCGUUUCCAGACUCUGUGUGCGCAACGAGUUUUGUCAAGAUGUGGUGGAUUUAGGUGGGCUUAAUUUUAUGCUGGCAUUGUUAGCUGACUGCAUUGACCACCAGGAAUUGGUAAAGCAGGUUUUAAGUGCCAUUAGAGCUAUUGCUGGCAAUGAUGACGUGAAGGAUGCAAUUGUAAAUUCUGGUGGGACAGACCUAAUAGUCUUGGCCAUGUCACGACACCUAUGCAGUUCCCAGAUCUGUGAUCAGGGCUGUGCAGCCCUUGCCAUGCUAGCUCUGCGCAAACCAGAGAACUGUAAAGUGAUCAUGGAAGGAGGGGGAGCACUGGCAGCUCUUCAGGCGAUGAAGGCACAUCCACAGGACACCAGUGUUCAGAAACAGGCCUGCAUGGUUAUCAGGAACCUUGUCUCUCGAACUCGGGAUUUCUCACAGCCUAUUCUGGAAAUGGGUGCAGAGUCCCUUAUUCUCCAAGCCCGUAGUGCUCACAAGGAUUGCGAUGAUGUGGCCAAAGCUGCCCUGAGAGAUCUUGGCUGCAAAGUGGAACUUAAGGAACUAUGGACUGGACAAAAGGGUAGCUUAGUCCACUAGAGUUUAUAAAUAAAACUUCAUUUGCAGCUUAAAGGGUCAAAGGUGAUGCUGGACGCUUUAUACUGUAUCUCCAUCCAUCUCUACAACCAAAACCCAAACUUUUUUUUCCGUUAGAACACACAACAUACAGUUGAAGUACUGAAAAAAUGUACUGAAUGGAGGAAAAGGUUUGGUCGGUGAACAGCAUGACCACAUGCUGGAUGUCCACAUUGUGAAUUACAUGAAUUAUUAAAAGACAGCAAAAUACGGAAAUCUAUGUUGCUGAUGCUUAUGUUAAAGCUUUUAUCUUCAAUUUGGAAUGGUCUUAUUGAUGACUCCUUGCAGUAACACAGGGCAUGAAUUGCAUCAAUCGCAGAGCUUGUGUUAAUUGAUUAUACAGCUUCUUGCAGUAUACAAUAUAGCACUGUGGUUUUAAUUCAGGAAAAAUCUAUUAGUCUUAGUUUAUAAUCUUUCAAUACCUGCCACUCUAGUUUUCCAGAGGUUGAUAGUAACGCUGCAACAUCCCCAGCAAUUGAAUUGAUAUACACUGUAGGAAAAUGUAGGCUUUUCAUGCCCUUUAAGUUUUUACUCUAGCAGGCUUGGGUUUCUGGACUCUGUCGUAGCUUUACUGGCCAAAGUAACUGUUAGUAAGAAGCAAGCAUUGCCCUACUUAAUGCAUUACUUUAAUCAGAGAUGGAAAUAUGUUACUAAGUUUCAUUUUCUACAUUGAAUAGCAAGAAGAUACUUGAAGUGAUGCCAAAUGUGUGAAUGAGCUUCAACUAUGCUUUAUUUAUCUGUGUAUGUAUACAGUAUUCUGCUUCAAAUCUGCAUACCCUAUUUAAUAAAUAUUUAUCCUUUUUGUGAA